GCUUUCCAUUUGACUCGCACCAUGGAGGCGAAAAUUAAAAGUUUUCACCUAGCUUUUUCCUUGCGACAUCGUGCCACAAGCUGAGGUGUUCUAGAGCUGUAUAUGUUUCCAAGAAGUAGACUCUACGUUACCGUGCAUCCUCUCGUUUUUGGUCGCAAAAUGUCUAGCAAUUCUGUAGCAGGGCUACCACUGUCCUCCAUCCCGAUAUUCCAGACUGUUGCUUCGUAUCGAGAGUGGAGAAGGCGGGCAUACGAUGAAAAGAAAUCUGUAGGAUUUGUAGCAACGAUGGGUGCUUUACAUGAUGGUCAUGCCUCCUUGGUCCGUCGAUCACUUGCAGAAAACGAUUUGACCGUCGUUUCGAUAUUUGUGAAUCCAGCUCAGUUCGCACCUCACGAAGAUCUCGCAACAUAUCCUCGUACUCUUCCUCACGACUUGGAUGUCCUUUCGUCGUUGUCGCACUCAGUUCCCGGAUCUAGUAUCACACGCUCACCAUCCGCUUUAUUCUUGCCCACUGUAAACGAAAUGUAUCCUUCCGGCAUCACCCAGGAUAAGUUGGCGCAGAAGGGUACAUUCGUUGAAGUCAAAGGGUAUGGUCAUCAGAUGGAAGGAUCGCGAAGACCAGAUUUCUUCCGAGGCGUUGCGACUGUUGUCACAAAACUAUUCAAUGCUAUUGAGCCUUCACGAACGUACUUUGGCCAGAAAGACAUCCAACAAGCUCUUCUGCUUCGACGUAUGGUUCGCGAUCUCUUACUGUCGCAUCCAACUCUGGAAAACCUAUUCAUUGUUCCAACCAAACGGUCGGUCGUCUUAUCAAAUCUUCUGUCUCGUGCUCACGUGUUUUAUGUCUGUAGAGACGCGAAAUCCUCACUGGCUCUCUCGUCUCGCAACGCCUAUCUCACGCCUUCCGAACGCGAACUUGCUGCACCAACACUCUACGCCGCCCUUCAAGCGGCAAAGACCUGCUGGGAAUCAGGAUCAAGCAAAGCCGAAGUAAUCGCCAAUGCUUAUAAUUUGGUUGAGCGUAAAGCGCAAGAACUGUCGUCUUUAGAAACAAGGAUCGACAUGCGACUAGAUUAUCUCGAGAUGAACGACCCAGAAACUUUCGAGGUUGUUCCCGGGGAGGAGACUAGAUCAGCAUGGGAACUAGAGGGACAUAAUAGACCAGUGAUUCUGAGUGGAGCGAUGUGGGUUGGGAGGACUAGGUUGAUUGAUAAUGUCGUGCUUGGGGAUGUGGCGAGAUUGGGUAUAAUAGCAUAAUAUGUCGAAUAAUGAAUUAUAGUACAUCCUUACAUUCACCUGCCGCCAAAUGUGGUCCUGCCGGCUUCUUGUCAACACAGCGUCCACACAUAAUGAACCAGUUCUGUACCGC